UCCUCCUCUGGUCUACCAGAAUUAUUGACUGUUACACAGUAGCAAGAGAGGCUCAAGAGACCACUGCAUCAUGUUACUCGUCUGAUAAGGUAUAGAAUAUGUAAUGAUCUACAAAUAAUUUCUCACACACACAAACACAUUCAAUUUCUCUUUUUAAAACUUAGAAACUAUUGACAAGAACAUGGACCAUGGAAACCAUUCCUCAGUGACUGAGUUCAUUCUGGCUGGGCUCUCAGAACAGCCAGAGCUCCAGCUUCCCCUCUUCCUCCUGUUCUUAGGAAUCUACAUGGUCACAGUGGUGGGCAACCUGGGCAUGACCACACUGAUCGGGCUCAGUUCUCACCUGCACACCCCCAUGUACUAUUUCCUUAGCAGUCUGUCCUUCAUUGAUCUCUGCCAUUCCACUGUCAUUACCCCAAAAAUGCUGGUGAACUUUGUGACAGACAAGAACAUCAUCUCCUACCCUGAAUGCAUGACUCAGCUCUAUUUCUUCCUCAUUUUUGCUAUUGCAGAGUGUCACAUGUUGGCUGUAAUGGCGUAUGACCGCUACAUUGCCAUCUGUAGCCCCUUGCUGUACAAUGUCAUCAUGUCCUAUCACUUCUGCUUCCGGCUCACAGUGGGAGUUUACAUUUUAGGCAUCCUUGGAUCUACAAUUCACACCAGCUCUAUGUUGAGACUCUUUCUGUGCAAAACUAAUGUGAUUAACCAUUAUUUUUGUGAUCUCUUCCCUCUCUUGGAACUCUCCUGCUCCAGUACCUACAUCAAUGAAUUACUAGUUCUGGUCUUGAGUGCAUUGAACAUCCUGACGCCUGCCUUAACUAUCCUGGCCUCUUAUAUCUUCAUCAUUGCCAGUAUCCUCCACAUUCGCUCCACUGAGGGCAGGUCCAAAGCCUUCAGCACUUGCAGCUCCCACAUCUCAGCUGUUGCUGUCUUCUUUGGAUCUGCAGCAUUCAUGUACCUGCAGCCAUCAUCUGUCAGUUCCAUGGACCAGGGGAAAGUGUCAUCUGUGUUUUACACAACUGUUGUGCCCAUGCUGAACCCCUUGAUCUACAGCCUAAGAAAUAAGGAUGUCAAAUAUGCCAUGAAGAAAAUUCUGGACAGCAAAGCAUGUUCAUGAAAAGAAUUAGUGUCAUGUUGUCAUAUCAAAAUUGGCCUUCAUUUUGAUUAUACAUGUAAUAUGUUAGAUUUAUUGUUCAGAUUUAUCAAAAUACAGUGAUGCUCUUUUAUGUAAAACAUUUCCAAAAUAUUCCUCCAGUUUACUUCCAUUGAACUUAUAUUCCAGUGAGUACGCAUGGAGAAAUACUAAAAGUAAAAUCAAAAUUCUUGAGGUUUAGAGAA